AUCAGAGAGUGUAUCACUAUUGACGCUCCAUUUCAGCUUUAAACCACCUUUGAAUAAAUUCGAUCACUGUUACCCAUCUUCCUUUUCCUUUCUUUCUUAUGACUGAUCUUCUGUAUUCCUAAUGGACGCUAUUACUACCCUCCCGGAACAAGCAAUAAAAGAAAGAUGCUAGUUCUUCAUUUAUCAAACCUUCGAUUCAAGGUUAAAGCGAGAAAUGAUAAACCUAUACAAAAAAAAUCCAAAAAAAGAAAGCCCAACGGAAGAAGUAAUUUUAAAAGAUUUGGAGGAAAGGGAAAUAGCAAAAAAACAGUUUGCUAAAUGUAACAAAGACGCAUCAGAAUUAUGGAAUCAAGCAAAUAACGAUACAAGUCUCAGUACAAUCAUUAUUCGCUUGCAAUUAUCUGAUGUUUACACAAAGCUAUACAUUCCCGUGAUAUUGCCAUGGCGUCAAUAUGUGAAAGAAAAUAAGAAAAUAAUAUGUGAUCAGCUUUUUGUCGAUCAAAAGCUUCAAACA